AUGGGCGCUACAAAGAUUGAUGGGAAGGCUAUUGCCCAGAAGAUCAGGGAACGGCUGGCAGCCGAGAUUCGAGAGAAACAGAGCGUCAACCCACGGUAUAAACCAUGUCUGAAGAUCAUUCAAGUCGGUGAUCGACCUGACUCGACCACCUACGUCCGGAUGAAGUUGAAGGCAGCCGAGGAAGCAGGCAUUGAUUGUGCACUGGUUCAUCUACCAGACUCGAUUUCAGAGCCGGAACUAUUGCAGCAGAUCAUUGACUUCAACAAUGAUCCCGCUGUCCAUGGUAUCCUCGUCCAAUUGCCUAUCCCUAAACACCUUUCUGAACACACAAUUACCUCUGCAGUCGCAGACGAGAAGGAUGUGGACGGGUUUGGAGCUACAAAUAUUGGAGAGCUUGCUAAAAGAGGUGGCAAACCUUUCUUCGUUCCCUGCACCCCGAAAGGAGUUAUGGUGCUGUUGCAGGAGAGUGGUGUUGAUCCCCGAGGCAAGACGGCUGUAGUCCUCGGCCGCAGCGACAUUGUUGGCAGUCCGGUCAGCUAUCUUUUGAAGAGUGCCGAUGCCACGGUUAUUGUGUGCCACUCUAAAACUCAACGCAUCGAAGAUGUUGUCAAGCAAGCCGAUAUCUUGGUUGCGGCUAUCGGUCAGCCGGCUUUUGUCAAGGGUGACUGGCUGAAACCAGGAGCUGUGGUCAUUGACGUGGGCACAAAUUAUAUUUCUGAUCCUUCAAAGAGCUCGGGGCAGCGCCUUGUUGGAGACGUCGAAUUUGAGUCAGCUGUUCAGGUUGCUUCCCAAAUCACGCCUGUUCCCGGUGGAGUUGGCCCCAUGACAGUUGCGAUGCUUAUGCAGAACGUUGUCGAUGCCGCCUCAUCCUACUUUGAGAGACUCAAGGCAAGACACGUUACUCCGCUGCCGAUCAAGCUUGAGAAGCCCGUCCCGUCCGAUAUCGAAAUCUCGAGAUCACAGCAUCCCCGCCACAUCACCCAAAUUGCCGCUGACGUCGGCAUUGCUCCUCACGAAUUGGAACCAUAUGGUGCCCACAAAGCCAAAGUUGACCUUUCAAUCCUUUCAAGGCUGGCGCAUCGCAGGGAUGGAAAGUAUAUUCUGGUUAGUGGUAUCACCCCGACUCCUCUAGGAGAGGGUAAGUCCACUACGACAAUGGGCCUUACCCAGGCCCUUGGGGCUCACUUGGGAAAAGUGGCAUUUGCCAAUGUUCGACAACCAAGUAUGGGACCAACCUUCGGCAUCAAAGGUGGUGCAGCGGGUGGCGGCUACAGUCAAGUCAUUCCCAUGGAUGAAUUCAACCUUCAUCUGACAGGCGAUAUCCACGCAAUUACAGCUGCGAAUAACCUUUUGGCUGCUGCCAUUGACACACGUAUGUUUCAUGAGUCCACUCAAAAGGAUGGUGCAUUGUAUAAAAGACUGGUGCCCAGCAAGAAGGGCAAGCGAGAAUUUGCCCCGGUCAUGCUUCGAAGGCUUAAGAAGCUGGGCAUCAAUAAGACAAACCCCGAUGACCUAACUGAGGAUGAAAUCAGGCGGUUCGCACGCUUAGACAUUGAUCCGGAGACAAUUACCUGGAGGAGAGUCCUUGAUGUCAACGACAGGCUCCUGAGAGGAAUCACCAUCGGUCAGGCUCCUACGGAGAAGGGCCACAGUCGACAGACAGCUUUCGACAUUUCUGUUGCGAGUGAAUGCAUGGCCAUUCUUGCACUAAGCAACGACCUGAGAGACAUGCGUGAGCGGCUUGGUCGAAUAGUGAUUGGGUCUUCGAAGGCCGGAGAUCCAGUUACUUGCGAUGACAUUGGCGCUGGCGGUGCCCUAACUGCUCUCAUGAAAGAUGCUAUCAAGCCCAAUCUCAUGCAGAGUUUGGAGGGAACGCCCGUUUUUGUCCAUGCUGGACCGUUUGCGAACAUCAGCAUUGGCAACAGCUCUAUUCUAGCGGAUAAGUUGGCUCUGAAGCUUGCCGGGACCGAACCUGACGAAGAUCACGAGUCCAAGGCUGGAUUUGUUGUCACCGAAGCUGGGUUUGAUUUCACCAUGGGCGGUGAGAGGUUUUUCAACAUCAAGUGCCGAAAUUCUGGUCUUGUACCGGAUGUCGUUGUCGUCGUCGCCACCAUUCGAGCCCUAAAGGUCCACGGUGGCGGUCCAGAGAUCCCUGUAGGAUCUGCGCUGCCAGAAGCUUACCGGACGGAAAACACCGAAAUGUUGCGCGCUGGCUGUGUCAAUCUCAAGAAGCACAUUGCGAACGCCAAGUCCUAUGGCGUUCCCGUUGUGGUGGCGAUCAACAGGUUCGAGACAGACACCGAGGCUGAGCUCAAAGUCAUUGAAGAAGAGGCUCUCGCCGCAGGUGCCGAAGCCGCUGUACCUGCAAAUCACUGGGCCGAAGGAGGUGCCGGUGCCGUCGACUUGGCCAAGGCAGUGAUUGAGGCUUCGUCGAAGCCUAAAGAAUUCAAAUUCCUCUACAGUCUUGAAGGCACCGUCCAGGAGCGCAUCGAAAAGAUUGGCAAGGAAAUGUACGGGGCAGGAAAGGUCGAGUUUAGCGAGCUGGCACAGAAAAAGGUCGACAUGUACACCAGACAGGGCUUUGGGAACCUGCCCAUCUGCAUUGCAAAGACUCAGUACUCCCUCAGCCAUGACCCAGCGCUCAAGGGGGCACCCACUGGCUUCACAGUCCCGAUACGGGAUGUAAGGUUGGCGGUCGGCGCAGGAUACCUGUAUGCGCUGGCUGCAGAUAUUCAGACCAUUCCAGGUCUCCCAACUGCGCCGGGAUAUCUGAAUGUCGAUGUGGAUCCCGAGACUGGCGAGAUAGAUGGGUUGUUUUAG